UUUACUAAUUACGUUGUUCAUGAUCACGCGUGGAUUCGUCCAGGACUCAUUCACGCGUCAUCUCACGCGCGUUGUGCUGUACCACGGUAAACAGGAAAUACGUCACCCUUGCAAUGGUCCUAUCAGCAAUAAUAGUAACUCUGGGGGCAAAAAAAUUAUUUUGUGCAUGGUUCCCACGGAGGAAGAACUAAGGGAGCAAUUGAAAAGCACAGGAGGGUUAAACAAGCAUUAUGCUGCGGUGACAGAACGUGAAGCCGAGAACUUUACCAACCUACUUCCUGGCCCUCAACCACCUGUUACAAAUGGCGAGGAGAAACCAUUCCUUAUCAUAUGGAGUCACUUUAUGUCUUCACCGUCACGCAACCGGAAAGAAUUUUUAGGUAUAAAGAAAUUGCUGUCACGUAACAGAAAAGCAGUGUCACGCAGUGAAGUCUUUGAGAACAACAUAGUCGGUUCAAAGAAAGUUCGUUGCGACUACCGAGGUGGCCGAACGGAGACCGGUAUGAUCCGACUGUGCACCGAGUGUCAACGAGUUUCCAAGCUAAGUUCCGAUCGAUUUCCACGUUACAUUAAUGAAGUUGCGUGCGAUGAAGAAAUUGCAAGUCGAAAAAAGGAUAAUUUGUGCUGUAACAUGCAUCAAGGAAUGUGCAUUCAACGUUAUAUACUGAUUGAUUUCCUAGUUAGAACUGAAAAAUACGUAGAAGUGGAGUCUCCAAAUCCUCAGCUAUAUUUCAGAGCUUUUAAGCAGGUCUGGGAACCGUACACACAAAAGAUUCGUAGUUGUUGUGAAUUUCAGCUGUGGUAAAAUUUUGAAGGGGAAACUGCUCAAAAUAAAUUUUAAAAGGAAAACAAGUAUCUAAAGAGACCGUGAAGUUCCGUCGGUAGGGGCCUAUUACAAGGUAAUUUGGUU